GCCGCAAACGGACGUGUGCGUCUCGCGUAUAAUUUUCACAAAUUUCCGAAUGAACGAAUACGAAACUUUUUUCCCCGCAAACGUAUAAAAGACUGACGUGAAAAAUGUUCAAUACUGUGUAAAAGAAAAUCUUACCGAAAAUUUGUCGCAACUAAUGUGCAAAAAGCAUAAAUACAAAUAGUGAUCACAACAACAAAUUAAGAAAAGAGUGUGCUAAACUUGUGUUCAAUAACCAAACAAAAUAAUUGAAAAAUUGGUGUCGAAAAAGCAAAAAGCAAAAUGAAAUAAGCAUAAUUAUACAUUAUAAUUGGAUUUGGCUUAAUUAAAAACGGCAGCACGCAGAAAGUGUCAAAGCAAAUUACAACAAAGCAACAAAAAGGACAGUGACAACAACAGUCAAGUCCUUUUUAAUUUGGGAGUUAAAAAACAGCGGCGCCGCCGCCGUUGACGGCUGUCCAGCGAGAUGACAGCGAUCAGGAAACGCAUUUGACACGCAGCCCAAACGAUCUCACACACAAAACACACACACGAACACAUACAUACAUACAUAAGACACACAACCAAAACGAGGGAAAAACCAAAUUUGGAAAAACAACCAAAAACGUAAACGAAUCAAAGAAAACGUUCAACAAAUGUGGAAAAUGUUGGAUACAAUGAUGGAUGCGGAUCUCUUCAUGUUCGAGUGCGAUGAAUGCGCCGGCAUGCCACUUGCAGCACCACCACAGUUCCUCAUCCCGCCACCGCCACGCCCACCCGCCCUUGCCGAGUACACGGUGGUGCCACAGGAUUGCAACGAGGAGCAAUUGGCACAGCAGCAAUGGGACAGCGACGUCUGCCAAGCGAUGCCGAUUCUGGAUGCCAGCCUUUACAGCAGCCAAUCACUGGCCACCUCAGCGAUGAUUGCGGUUUUCUCUUUGCUGCUGGUGCUCAUCGUGCUCAUCUCUUCACUGUUUGUCUGGAAAAACAAGCGAAAGGUGCAAAAUCUGCUGCCCUGCAAGACGCCAACGCGUGGCGCCCUCAAUGGGGCAAUGCCACUGGGCGGCAAUGGAACACAUGGUCCUCAUCAUGCCAUGUACGAGGAUCCUGAUGCACAUUUGGGUCACCAUCGACCGCUGGUAAUGCGGCAUCAUCAAUAUCAGCACCAUCAUCAGCUGCAGCAUCCGCAUCAUCAUCAUCAUCACCAUCAUUACCAGCAGCAUCCACAUGCCGAGCUGCUGCAGGGCAAGAGCAUACAUUAUCCUAGUGGCUAUCCUAUGACGCGGUCGCCGCCUUUCCUCGUCAGCUCCUCGCCCGGUCCUGAUCCCUAUCGCUCCAACGACAAUGUCUACGAGGAGCUGGGUCCAGGACGCGUCGACUCCGAUGGUGAGUCGGAGCCACCGCUGCAUUCCGAUGAUGAUUUCGCCGAGGACGAGCUGUCUCUGCCGGGCGAGUGCAGUUUCCACAAGGAAGCGAACACGGCGCAACAGGCAACGGCUGCCACAGCCAGUGGAACACCUUACCACGAGCGAGCAGCUAGUAGCAAUGGGGCAGCCACAACAACGAGUGCGGCAACAGCUGCUGCACAGUUGCCAACACAGGAGCGACACAGUGUGCUCAGCUCUGGGUCGUCGACGGGUCAGGAUGCGUCCACAGCGAGUGCCUCGACUGCAAGCAAUCAGAAUAACAACAAUAACAUCUCUAAUGAGGUGGCAACUGGCACUAAUCCCAGCCAGAUGCGACGCACUCCACGCAAUCGCCAGCAACAACGCCAGGAGGAGCUCAACAACAGCAACUCGACGGCGGAGAUUGCGGAUCUGGCGCCGCUCUACGACAAUCGCAGCAACAUGAUGUCCCUCGGCUAUCUGGCGCGUUCCACGGCGCCGCAGUUCUACAACACGCUGGAGCACGAGGUGGAGCGUCGCAAUCGCAUCAACGCACAGCUGAGUCAAGCGCCCGUUGCGCCCCUAUCCACAAUCUAUCGGGAGCGCAUUCGCUAUCCCAGCGUGCAGCAAUAUCCCCCGAAUAGUGCCCAAGGUCUGAUGGCAGCCACGAUGCGAGCGCGCACCCAACCCCGUCUGGUGGAUCGUCGUCUGGCAGCGCAUCAGCAUCAACACCAUCGCAUCCAUGCGGCACCGCUGACUGCGGAGCCAGCCUAUGGCUAUGCGGAACCGAUGUACAAUGCCAACUAUUACUACGACAGUGCUGGCGGUUCAGCGCGUCCCUAUGCCUCCACGCUGCUGCCCACAGCCACCUCCGACUACCGACAUCCCUAUGGCGACUCGAGCUUCGGCUCCGAUUCCGGUUAUAGUCAUCAUACGCCUGCUAGUUCAAUUGGGCGACAGGAUUACGAUCUGACGGAGCAGCAACUCCCUAAGCCAAGCAAGCUGAGCGCAGCUUUAAGCUUUGGCUGGUCAAGAGGGGGUAGAAAAGCUCCGGCUGCAAGUGCAGCAGCGAAUGCCUCGAGCAGCGAGGCAACCAGUCCCAACAACAACAGCAGCGCCUGCUCCACGGUCACCUCGCAGCUGGACAACAACAAUGUGCAGCCAGCGUAGAUCGACUUUGACUUGAUCAUGUAAAUAGCAAAAGAGCCUUUCGCUCUGGGUUCUCAUCAACUGUGUACAGCUCUAGUUGCAGCUUAAACCUUUAAGCUCCACCCCUAUAUCGAUAGUUAGUGUAGUAAUGUGUAAGUGUAGUACAACUCUCAACUGCUGCGUGUACAUCGUGAAAGCAAUAGUUCUAGCACAUAUGUUAUGUAUAUUAUGUAUUCCUAAGGCUAGAAUUAGCAAUUUGCCCUCCUUUUGUAUCCUAUAUAGGGUUGCCAUAAGUUUUUCGCUUUAUACAUGCAUUCUUUAAAGUGAAAAGUCAGCGUAAUUUAAGCUUUUAGUACUACAGUAUAAAUAGUGUAACUCCUAGAAAGCAAAGAACUUAUAGCGCCUAAGUGUUUUUCCAAUGUGAUUGCCAAAUUCUACAAUAUAAAUCUUAAUAUAAUACGAAGCGAAAACAAACUCUAAUUUAUAAUGUAACUUAUAACGAAACUUUUUAUCCUAUCUGUAAAUGAUGCAUUGAAUUGACGAUUUUUAACUUCUGUUUGUUAUUUUAGUUUUUAAGUCAGAAACAAAAAAACA